UUCAAACGUUAGUACCUACUUAUAUAGUAAUCAAGUUUUCAAUCAAAACAUAUCUGUAAGAAGGUAUAAGUUGCGAAUUAAAAGGAUUUGUGCAAGUGAUUAAUUGUGAACUGUGCACUGACUGAUAAGCCGUGGUGUGGGUUGUUUUGAUGACUUGCCGAUAAAGGCUGCCUAAAAAUAGAUAUAAACAUAUCAAGCAUUUGAAAUCAGUAGCAUUUGGAAUUCAUCGUUGGUAGUACUCUAAUAACAAGAUUGCGUUUUUUUUUCAACGUGAACUUCCGAAAAUGAACAACCUCUUGAUCGAUACGACUUCGUCGAGUAUAGUGGAAGAACCCAGCCAGGAUAACCAAGCAUUGGUUAUGUGUGAGACAACUACCAUUUCCGUUGAUUCAGAACCAAACAUUUCGAACAACUUCAACCUAGCAAGUAUGGCAAGAAAGAACGGCAUUUCCGGUAUUUUUGUUCGUUCUGAAUCAAGCAUUUCGAAUACAAUUCCGGCAAGUAUGGUGAAAGAGCAACUCACAUCCAGUCAGGAGAACACAGGAUUGCUUAAUGCGGAUGUGACGACUAGUAUUUCUGUCGACUCAGAAUCGAGCAUUUCGAACAAAACGAACCUAAUAAGUAUGGUGGAAGAACAAGACAUACCAAAUCAGGAUAGCCAAACAUCCAUCUCUAUCUUGUGGGCAAUUGCAAUGCCUCAACUAAUGAUGAUCUGGAAGGCAACAAUAAUUCUGAUGGCUUCUUUGGUCAAACUGACGUCGCUGGAUUCCAAGCGGUGGGUUCAUUGCGUUUGAAUUGGCUAGCGAUGUUCCGGAAUUCCUCCUUCGUAUCAAGGCCUACUGGACGGAGCGGAGAUGGUGCCGGGUUGUGAUCGAGAUCAUCGCCCUGGCAGCGUUUGUAGUUUCGGUGACCGAGGCCGAAAUCCUGUGGCGUUAUCAUGGUCCCUGUGGCAAAGCUGAUUACCAUGGUGGCCAAGGUUCGAGAUGGCUACGAAUGGUAUCUCGGGAAGAAGACGCAACGUGUGGAGUGGACUGAGAUAUUUGCUAUUUUGGCUGAGGUAUUGGAGUUGAUUGCCUGGUUUUUGGACGAAGAAGUGGACAAUUUUAUAUGCAAAAUAACAUCAGUUAUCAAAAACGUCUGGGCAUUUGAUGUCUUCGUCAGCAUUGCCAUUUACGGUAUAAAAAAUAUAAAAAAAUAUAAAAUAUAUAAAAUAUGUAGGACAUAUAUUUUAUACAUAAAAUUUAGAAGAACAUCCAACGAGAUUAGAAGCGAUAAUAUCGAGUUGGAAGAAAUAACUACUUUUGCUUGAUACUUUUCUGUUAAAUUCUGAAAUUAUUACGAAUUAAUGUGCCUUGAAUAAUAUAUGUUCUACUUAUACAUACACAA